AUGGCGACGAUUGAAUUGCUUGAGAAUAGGAUUGCUGAAUUGGAAAAGCAAAUAUAUGGACUUGCAAAGAAAGAUGAAACUAAUGAUACUUCAUUAGAGAAUCCUAUAGUUGAUAAUAUUUUACAUGUAAAUACGCUAAUCUCAUCUGCAAUGUCAGGACGAGAGAAAGCAAAUCUAAUGAUAAAACGAUUACCAGAAUUAAAUAAUUAUCUAGAUCCAAUGAUUGAAAGUUCGGAAAUACCUAUAGAGGCUAAAGUUCAAUUGUUACUAGCAAUGGCACCAGAAAUUAAGCAGAAUCACGAAUUGUUGAAACAGAUGCAAGAACUAAUGCCUGCCUUAGAAACUGAUCACUUAAAAAAUGUUCCAGAAUUGAUAAAUAAACUCAAUGAUCUGAAUCUAUCAUAUCUUAAGUUAUAUGAGGAUUCUCAAGCAUUAAACAGCCGUAUAAAUGAAGUUUUUUCCAAAUACAAUGAAGUGAUAACUAGUAUCUCUAAAUCAUUAAUCACUAUAGAUGCCGUUGUGACAGCAGUUGAAAUUGCAGCAAUACCGAAAAAACAAUUAGAUUAA